UCCGCCUAAUGGCCGCUAGGUGUCAGCAUGAUUCAACGACCUUUCUCGCCCUCCCACACAUCCCUCCCCCAGGUUCAGGGAAAGCGCUGGGUGUCAGGCAGUACGGAGUACAGUGUGGAGUCUUUAGCUGGUGGGUGUCUGUCGGGAGUUGUGAUCCCCUAACAUUAAGCUGACUGAUAUCCCAAUCUGGAACUGUGAGGAGCUGACAUAAAGCCGGUUUGAUGCGCUUGUGAGAAAAAGUCCAAUUUCUCUUAUUUGAAGCUCGCCGCAAACUUCGUGGGAAGUGGAAGGGAAGCGAGUCUCCGGGUGACAUGGCUCCGGGCAGGGGGAUCUGCUGGGCACAACCUGUGACUGAAAUACUUGCUCUACUCGGGAUCUGUGUGACUAUCCCACCUCUACUCGUGGCAGAGACCCUGGGUGAUGGAUGUGGACAUGUAAUGCUGUAUGAAGAGAGUGGGACUCUAACAUCUAAGAAUUACCCUGGAACAUACCCUAACCAAACACUUUGUAAAAUAACUCUCAAAGUACAAACUGGCAAAAGCCUCUAUAUUAUGCUGGCAGAUGUAGACAUAGAAUCUCGGGAUUGUGAAUCGGCAUAUCUGAAAAUCUUUAAAGGAACUUCAUCUGAGGAGAUAGCUAGCUACUGUGGAGAUCAGAAAACUAUACCAAAGGAAAUUGUCUUGAAUACCAAUGAAGCCACCAUCCACUUUGAGAGUGGAAUUCAUGUGUCUGGACGUGGAUUUUUGCUUAACUACGCAAGCAGUGAUCAUCCAGAUCUGAUAACAUGCCUGGCAAGAUCUAAUCAUUAUAAAGACAUAGAAUACAGGUUCUGUCCAGCUGGUUGCAAAGAUGUAGCUGGGGAUAUCUCAGGAGAUGUGGUGGAAGGAUACAGAGAUACCUCCUUGCUUUGCAAAGCUGCGAUUCAUGCUGGAGUUAUUGCAGAUGAACUUGGGGGACAGAUUCAGGUGAACCAGCACAAAGGUAUCAGCCGAUACAGAGGCUUUCUGGCCAACGGCAUCUUGUCAAAAGAUGGGUCACUUUCAGACCAUCGGGUUGUGUUUAGAGGUCCUGACUGCAGCUUAUCCUUGACGUCGGGGUUUGGAAAAGAUAAGUUUUCAGCCACCUCGUCUUAUCACUGGAACAGUGAAACAGGGGAGAUUAAGUCUUGGUUGCCUGAAAGAGCACAGCUUAACACACCAGGCAUUUCCUGGGCUUCUGAUCACCAGUCCAGUCGGGAAUGGUUAGAAAUCGACCUAGGGGAAAAAAGAAAAAUAACUGGUAUUGUGACCGCAGGAUCCACAUCACAAAAUUUUAACUUUUAUGUGAAAUCUUAUAUCAUCAACUUUAGACGGGAUGGAUCAAAAUGGAAGCUUUAUAAGGGAGCUGUCAGCAAUGAGGAAAAGAGAUUGGAAGGCAACUUAAAUUAUAUGGACAGGGCACGCAACAAUUUUAUUCCUCCUAUAGUGGCUCGGUAUCUGAGAAUCACACCCCAAACCUGGAAUGAAAGAAUUGCUUUGAAGGUGGAGCUUAUGGGAUGCCAUUUAGCACAGACACACAAUUCAUCCACUCAUCCUAUGUGGAAGAAGACAAAUGAUCUUAGCAAGAAACCACCCGUUACUGAGGAAAAGGCCAUCACGGAGUUUGUUCCUGCUGAAGAAUCAAAUCUGGGAUGGAAAAUCGUUGCUAUUAUUGUCCCAAUCGCACUAGCAGCAUGUGUGCUUAUGGCUGGUGUCUGUUUUUGUGCGACAAGAAGCAGAAAGUUAAAAACGGAAGCCUACAAGUCUCCAGAGGAACAGAAUGGUGGUUGCUGGAAACCUCUCGACCAACCAAUUGUACGACAGCAGUCCACAGAAUUUAUUAUUAGUUACAAUAAUGACAAGGACCCACCACAAAAGUUUGAUCUAGGGAAAUGCGACAUGGAAGACUAUCAGCAACCUGCCAUGAUUGGUACUGGCUUGGUCACACGAAAAGGUUCUACAUUCAAACCAAUGGACACUGACACCAAAGAAACACCGGGAAGUCUGGAAAUAGAAAACCACUAUGCUUGCCCACAUCGGAACAGGCAUGAGUAUGCCCUUCCUCUCACCAAUACUGAACCGGAAUAUGCCACCCCCAUUAUAGAACGCCACCUGAUUCGUGGAAACACCUUCACAUCUGAGUCUGGAUAUAAUGUACCUGUAAUAUCCUUAGAUCGCAAGAAUUCCUUCUCUGCUGUUAGUUUUUCAGUCUCCACCAGUCCAGAGAACAGCGGCGGGGACUACCAGACACCGCACUGCAUCAACACAGAAGAAAGUGAUUAUGAUAGGCCCAAGGUUUAUAGUGGAUGGGCUACAAUGGGGAAUGACGAGUACCAAAAGCCACAGAUCUGCUCCGUGGUGGCAGAUGGUUACUCUUCUCCAAGGGACUGUCUAAAGGCAAUAAACCAGACUGCAAUAACUUCUCUCUUAUAACUGUAACAAUGGAAAACACCAAGGCACAAUCCUAACCUAUGUUACUGCACAGCUGCUGGAAGAUGUUGUUUACACUGAUGACCUAAUACUUUUUUUUAAAAAAUAGGACAUUGUUUUUAUAUAUUUUAUGUUAAUGCCUGUAGAUCAUUCAUAGGGGAAGACGAUUUGAAGGGCAUUUGUUAUUUUAUAUUAUGUGCAAUGUGUACAGAGAAUAUUUAAAAAAAAAAAAAAAUCCAUUGUUGUACAGAUAUCACUUUUUGCCUAUGUUUUGUUUUUUAUUGUUACUUGAAAAAUAAUGGCACAAACUUCUUGAAAUCUAAAAAAUAGCUUUAUGUUUUAUAUUGUGUAUGCCAGUUGUGCUAAACAUUGAGCUCAUUAACACUGUGAAUGUGUAUAAAGAUUGGUUACCUGUAAAACAGGAUCCUGUGGAAAUAUAUUUUAGUCAUAAUAUAUGCUGGUUGGCGGGUUUCAACAAAGCUGUGUUUAUUAGAAACAAUACAUAAUGCAAAUACAAA